GUUUUUGAGACAGUUUUCCAUUUGGUUGGGUUUAUCUGCCGGAGGGUGGGCAUAGGAGAAGACAAAGGAGUGAAAAGAACGUAUUGUUGACGACACAGAUUUCUGAUUGAGAGCCACGAGCUCUAUGCAUGACUUUUUAUGUAAAGUUCUCUCUGGACAAUUGAGGCGAAUUGAAAAUGUCUCUGUUGGAAUAUUAUUAUUAUUAUUAUGACAAAAAAAGCUCGUCGUGCCAUUAUUUUCUCUCAAUAAAAUAUCAACACACUCUAUGCAACGCGAUCUCUCGUCAGUGGAAUGAUAAAAGCAUAAUUUAGUGUAUGUUUGGAAUAGAGAACAAACAAAAGUCAGCAGGGGGGAAGUAGCGCAAUACAUAAUGUAGAUCGAAUGCAAAUGCAAAACCCUUUUUCACUUCAGCAAUUUUUCGAUAUAGCCACUAUAUUCCUCUAUUUUGUGCUCUCUGUUUGUUUGUAUGUUCUUUAAAAAAAAAGAAAACACAAAAUUGUAGCACAAAAGUCAUUGUCUGUUGCUCGAUGGACUGACUGUUUUUGAAUAUCGCGCUUCUCUGUGCUACAAUCGCUCUGUUUGCACGCACACACAAUCCUAGCCCUUGCGCUGUGUUGUCCAUUGAAAAUUAUGCCAUUGAACAGGGCUCAGUAACUUGGGAAGAAUUAAACUGAAAUAGAUUUCUUGCAUUGAAGAUGAUUUGGGAUGAAAAUUGUUAGAUUAUAGUUUAAGAACUUUUGUAUAGAAAUAUUGUUAAGAUAUUAAUUAUUUGUAAAACAUUGAUUGACACAUACAGCCAAAGAACCAGGUUUUCUGCCGUUUUCCUGUGGAGGCUGGUAGUGGUAAGACGGCGGCAGACGCAACCCGAGUAAAGGAAAUAAAUUAAAUGAAAUGAAAAAAAAAUUUAAGAUGAAGAUUAGGAAAUUUUAGUACAAAAUUCAAAGAUUUCAAGGAUUUCUUGGUCGCUGAAUAAGAUCCAAUAUUUGAUAAAAUUAUUAGUGCCGCUUAAAUGUUUUUAAUUGAUGUUUAAGGAUUUUAAGGCCUUAAAUUUUUUUUAAUGAUUUUUAUCAAUUUCAUCGCCUAAAGACAAUCAAAAUAUGCAUUAGAGCGUCUUUGAGCAUCGAACUUUGUAAAAAUCAUAAAAUAACUUAAAACCCAAUUUGAAAUAAAUAAUUAUUCUGGCGUAAAGACCUUAAGGCUAUAGGUUUUAAAAACUGUAGCUCUAAUUUAUAGUUUAGGGCUAUAACUUAGGUCUAAGUUAUUAUCCGGCCCUAGCUGAGCAGAAUAUAAAACUUUAGUGUACAAUAAAAAAGCUCUUUGGCCUAGAAUAACUAUAAAGUCAGGUUUAGGAAGACUUAAAUCGUAUUUAAGAAGCUUAAACCUGAUUUAAUAGUUUAAUUUCAUUGGUUUCUUUAAUUAUUUUAAUGUGCAAUUUCACGAAGAAAACGUUUGUGAAAUUGAAUUCAUUCUUUUUGAAAUUUUUAAAAUCAUUUAUUUAAAGUUUUUUUUUAUUUAAUAUUUUUUAUUAGUCUCAUUUCAAUUUAAGAAAGUAAAUCUUUAUUUUUUUUUAUAUUUGAUAUGAGGCUAAUAAGUAAUAAAGUCAUAGUAUGGAAAGUACAUUUACUUGUUAGUUACCGAACCCUGCGAUAUCAAUUUUAGAUUUUUACAUAAGAGAAGGGAACGAAAAGGGGAUAGAAAAACUUUAAUGUAUAAAAUUGUCAAUUUAAUGCUGGGAGAGAAACUAGUUAGUCUAGGGGGGUCAUAUGCUCCCAAAGGGACUUCUUUGUGCGAAUAGGACCCGAAAAAAGGUCAGCCCUAUUAGGUUUGUGUGUAUUUGUGCGCUUGUUUUUGUUUUUACAUCAUUGAAGAACGUUUAAUAGUGGUUAGUAAGCUAGUGUUUUGGUGUGAGUUAUGCGCAAGUGUGGGGAAAAUGUAUAUGUGUUAGUGCUUCUUUGCGUUCUGCUGGGUUUUCUGUUCCUCGCAAAAGAAGCCAAUGUUAGUCAGCUGAAAGCGCGUCCCGAAUCUAGUUCGAUCGUUGUUUCCAUUAUACAAGAAAAAAUAUAUAUAUUUAAAAAAAAAGAAUUUUACUAUUUAAGAAGAAGAAAAGUGGAAAAAAGGCACAAAAUUGUGUAGAGAUUUUUUUUGUGUGCUCUGCUCUUCACACGGGAAAAGUUUUGACGAAAACCUGAUAAACGGCUGUUGAUAACGAACAAUACAACACUACAAAUCUUUAUCGCAUACAUUUUCUUAAAUAUUUAACAAAAAAAAGAGAAGGAAACUUUUGAGGCAAUUGCUGCUUAGCACGAAGAAAAGAAAUUUCUUUUUUUGAAGAAUUAACUCUGCGAGACCUGAAAGAGGAAGAAGGGAAAGCACACACUACAAAUUCUUUUUAAAGACUGACACUGCAUUCUUGUGAAGAAGAAGAAAAAGAAGGACGCAAAGGCUUUGGGUUUUAGCACAAAAAAAAGAUAAUUUGCUAUUUUUUGUGCGUUUUAUUCUGUGAUCUCAAAAGGAAACACGUGCGAGGAACUAGCUAAAAGAAAAGAUUGUUAAAUUUUCCUUAAAGAAAGUUGAGCAAAAGAAAAAACUUCGCGCGGGGAGUCGUGUGAGAAAUUUGUUGAUUUCUCUGUAUAAUGUUCAAUACAUUGGCAUCGUAUCUCCUGGGAAAUUCGAGCAGCAAUAAAAAGGAGCAAGAAGCGGAGCAACACGACAAUCGAACUGGAGACGCGGAUUCACCAUCAGCUGAUCGACACAAUCUACUGCGAACCGUUGCUGACGACGACUACGAGGAUUGGCUACUGGUUGAGCGGGAUUCCAUUGCUGACGACGACGUCAGCCUCCCGCGAACUGACUCCGAGGAGGAAUUGCCAAUUGUUGAGAUAAAAAAUAGCCCACUAGUGACCAAGGGACGUCGCAGUCGCAAUGCUGAGCUCCAAACAACCAUUGUCCCACUCAAUUCCAUGGAGGAGUCGUGGUUCGUGACACCACCAUCGUGCUUCACCGGCACCCAGGGACCCAUCCACAUGGAGACGUCGCCCCUUGAGAAUCUCCUCAUUGAGCACCCCAGCAUGUCUGUGUAUCACAGCAUCCGGGGCCCAUCUCAUCCCAUUGAGAGUGACAUGGUCUUGCUGAAUUACGAUGCAGCUGAGAAUCAACCACCCCAUCCGGCCGACGAAAGAAUCGUCAACCACACAACUCGAGUCUCAACCAGGGUCAGACGCACGGAUCGCGUCGUGUCGUUGGAGGAGAAGCAGGGCUAUUUGUAUCGCAAUGCUCAAAUGAACCACGACAAGAAGCAACGCCAGAAGUUGUGUCGGAAUGCACUGAUUAGGUCCAACAAGACCAAUGAGGUGAAUGCCAAGAAUGGACGACAGAAGCGUUCAGAUAAGCAACACUCCAAGAAUGCCAGUCGUGCCAACAACAAUCGCAAGUGCUAAAGCACCCAUAGAUUGAUAUGGUUUGACCCACACGAUCGUCUUAAUUCCCGACAUCUGGCAACUGCACCAUGGACCCCCCCUCUGCCCCCUUUGGAGGUAUAAUCAGGGCAUUUCCUUCCUGGGAGAUUUUUCAUCCUUCCCCAUUUCGCUGAAAAGAAUCCCUUCUAAAAAUUUCUCUGCGACUUUGGAGCGCAACAAACCUCCCACAAUUAUCUUUCUUUUAAUUUUAUUAUUCUCUACUAAAUUUCUUCUUCCCCAUCUCUCUCUCUCUACACAUCCUCUCUCAAUCCUUAUUUGGGUGAGGCUUUUUCGGGGAAGAAGAAAAUAAAGCAAACAACAAGAAAAAAGCUACCAAAACCUCUUGAGAAAAUCUAGCAAGGGAUCAUCUUAUUCCCUUAAUUUCAUGUAGAUUUUCAUGUCUAUUAAUUGGCAAGAGAUUUGUGUUCAAAAAAAUAAAAAAAUAAAUAAAACUGAUAUAGGAAUUAUGCAAAAAAAAGUUUUAAUCGGAAAAAUGUUAACAAAAUUUGUUAAUCACAAAAAAUAUGAAGUUCAGCAUUGUAGAUUUAGUCGUGUCAUAUGUUGGAGUGAAGAAAAUCAUUGGAAAAAAUAUUUGCAAAAAGCAUAAAGAGCAAAAAAAAUUAAAAACAAAAAACCUGAUAAAAAUAAAAAUAAUAAUAAUUAAAUGAGAUCGUCUUUAAGAUAGAAUAAUUUUCUUCUAUCACGAAGCAAAUUAUUAUCUUCUCAUCAUUGAGCAAAAUGCACAAAAGAUUGAGUUUCAAUUAAGAAGUUUUCUGUGAGAAAAAAAAGUUUGAACUGAAAGUUUUGAAAAUUUAUUUGAGGUUCUCUGAGAAAUUUAAAAGAAUUUAAAAGAUUAAAAAAAAAGUCUUGAUGUGAAAAUAAAUCAAAAUUCUUUGAUAUUUAAAAAGGAGAAAACUGUUGGGCGGCCAUAUUGGAAUAUGAAAAAGCUCAAAGGACAAAUUAUUUUUUCCAAACUCUCAGUUCAAUCGUCAUCUUGUCUCUUCAAUGAUAAAUGCAAAAAAUAUCAAGGAAAAAAGAGACAUUUUCUUGACAAAUUCACUACAUUAGAUUUAAAAAAAAAAAAGAAAAGAAAUUAAUUGUGAAAGCAGCAAUUUUAGUGAGAUGCACAGUAAUAAAUUAAAUUAAAUUAAAAAAUAGAGAAAAGAAAAAUCUAUAAUUGCUAAUUUUCACCGCCAGAGGUAAGAAAAAAUACACACCCUGUAUUUUUUGUGUAAAUAUUAUUUUUUAGAUGAAAAACAAAAAUGUUUUUCGAGUAAGAAUAUUGUCCUCAUUGUUUUAUUUUUUUUUUUAGAUUUUAGUAAAGUGAAAAUAAAAUCACCUUCAAACUUGAAUGUGAAUGAAGAAGCAAAUAAAUAGUUUUUAGUGUUCAAUUUAUUGUGAAAAUCACCCCAAAAACAAACAAAAAAAAAAACUCUAACCAUUUUUAUCCCCUGCGCUCCCCAUUAAUAGUGAUGAAUGUUGAUAAAAGAAAAAAUGGAAAGAAAAAAAUGUGAAUUUUAAACAAGAUGUCUGUCUGAAUGUUCGCAAAAGGACGCCUUUCCAGCAUGUAAUAAAAUGGAAUUGUAGAAAGUUCUUUUGCGGAAAAAUCAAAUUUUGCGUAUAUUGCUGUGUAAAAUGUAUAAAAAAGUGGUAUUUAUAUUGCGUAUAAAAAAAAUUAUGAAUUAAAUGAAAAAAUAUGUGGUAUGCACGAGAAAAAGGUAAAAAAAAUGUGAAAAUGUAUGGAAAAAAAUGCGACAAAAACAUCAUCUUUAUUUAUAGUUGAUACAUCUUGUAAUUUUAAAAUAUUUACUUGUCUCUUUACUGUAAUCUUCUUAUAUAUUAUUAAAAAGUGAUUCAUAGAGAAGAAAAAAAAGGACAAAAAAAUAAAGAAAAAAAAUUACGAGAAAAUGAAGAAAAAAACUCAAUAAAACUGUUUUAAGUGA